UAAGACAGACAGACAGACAGAGAUAACUAGAUAAAUAGAGAAAUUGAAGUAGCAAAAAGGAUAGAAUGAGAGAUUGGAAAGAGUGACGUAGAUCUCUGGUGUUAAAAAAUCUUUAAUGAAUAUAGAAAAAUUCCACUGCCAAAUGUUGGCCAUGUACUGGACGCACAUUAUUUUAGGUUUUAUUCUAUUAUCCAUUAUUCAUCUAGUGUACAAAGCCUACAGGUUCUGUUCUGAACAAAAUUCAAGCUUAUAUUACAACAAUGAAAAACGACUCGAUGGUAAGACAGCAUUAAUUACGGGUGCUAAUUCAGGCAUAGGAUAUGCCACAGCUCUAGAUUUUGCCAGCCGAGGAGCAAGGGUGCUUUUAGCAUGCAGGAACUUGAGUAAAGCCGUAAAAGCAGCUGAGAGCAUUAUCAAAGAAACUGGUAACGAGAAUCUCCGAACAAUACAACUGAAGCUCAGUGAUUUAGAGUCUGUGAGAAGACUAGCACGACAGGUUGUCAGAAAUGAACAGAGGUUAGACAUUUUGGUAAACAAUGCUGGAACAAGUUUCUCUGAAGAACCUACUACACGUCAGAGCUUUGAUUAUAUAUUUGGGGUGAACUAUUUAGGGAGUUUUUUACUCACUUACUUACUUCUGGAUCUGCUGAAGAAAUCAGCACCAAGCCGUAUCAUCAAUGUGAGCUCUUUUGUACAUCAUUACAUAAAAAAGAAACCAAAAUUGAACCGAGGUUCUGAAACAAACAAGGUUAAAUAUCCAGAUCUGAGUGGAUAUCAUAUGAGCAAACUAUGCAAUAUACUUCAUGCAAAGGCCUUGACAAACCGACUUUUCGGCACUGGUGUCACUGCUAAUUCAAUGAAUCCAGGAUUUGUGGCAACCAAUAUUUUGAACAAAAGUAACCCAAGUAGAACUCUAAAAUUUAUGUCUUUCUUUCUUUCCAUGACUGGUCGAUCAGCAAAGGAUGCUGCCAAAACAAUUGUAUACAUGACAUUGGAGGAUAGUCUUAGUGAGGUUUCUGGACAUUAUUUCCAGAAUGUGGGCCUUAUUGCCCCAGACAAACUUUCACCACUUACCAAAGAUAAGGAAUUUAUUUUUGAUUUAUGGGAUGUCAGCAUGAAAAUGUGUCAGGAAUAGCAGAACAUUGUAGAUUAGAACAAACAAUUUACAUUGUACAUAUACACACACAUACACCUACUUCGACCCCGAGCAGCUGCUGACAACCAUACAAGGCACAAGUGAAGCCCACAAUGGAGUACUGGGAUAAUGCUACUGCUACACACACACACAGACAUCUUGAGUGACAUCUAGAGAAAUGUCACUCAACUGAUUGGCAUUCAAUCACUAAUGGACACACUCCGGUCUCUAACUCACAAGCGUGCUUUCUCCUCAUUCUGUCUUUUCUGCUGUCGUUAUAAUUGCCCCUGUUUCUCUGAUCUGGCUAACCUUGUUUAUUCCCCACUCUCAUCUCCCUGACUCACUCACUUUUCCACCUCUUGUUGCCUCUGUUAUGUUCACCCAUCCACAAGCCCUGGACUACAUUCAGUCCUCUAUCCUCUGAACAUUGGCCCUCUGGAAUUUUCUUUCCUACAGGAGGUGACUUGCAACAGUGAGUAAAAAGCUUUUUGAAAUUCACUUAACAAACUGGAAGAAUCAAAGGACAACUUUACCUGAUCCAUAAAUCUCUAUUGUCCUCAAGCAUAAGACAUAUAGGCCAACAAAAGAAGUGAUUCAUGGUCAGACCAGCUGUUAAAACUAGCAUUCAAAUCAUUCUCAACUCACAUUGCUCUGUCUUAAAAGCAGAGGGACACAUUUAGUAAGAUAGUCUUUAAAAUCAGACUAGAUGGUCAUGGCUUGAAUGCUCUUCAUCAUAGAUGUACUAAUCAGUGAUAGCCUGGAGCUAAAUAACAACAACAACAACAGCAAAAACCCAUAAGACAUCCAAUUCAACAGAGGGAGCCUUUCUUAUUGUCAGAGGAGUUCUUAGAAAUAACAGCUGAAAUUUCUUUAAAUCACACUCUACUAUUUAAAAAAAGAAAGAAUACAUUGAAUAAUGUGGUUCUAAAUAAACUGUCCGAAAAAAAAAAAUAGAAAGACCGACUGGUUGCUCAAAUUUGGAAUGUCCUGUAUAUCAUAUGCUUACUGAAUCAGAACUGACUAGGGUUAAACAACAAUAACAACAUCCAUCCCUCUUCUCCACCCACAAUUCUUGGGAGGAUCAUGGGAGUAGAGUCAUUAGGGUCCUACCAGAAGCAAUCAUCAUUAAACUUUCCAACUGGAUUCCUAAACAUGACCAACUGAGACUUGAUCUACCCCUAGGUUUUCUGCUAGUUAGCUCAACUUGAAGAAUUUGUCUUGCAAUUCUUCCCAGCAACAUUUAAAUCACAUGUCCAUAGUACCAGAACUGUUAAUUCUCAAUGCAAAGAAGUAGCGGCCUAGCCUGGAGAGACUCUCUGAUCUUUGAGGUAAAUUUAAUGAUAACAACAACUAUAAAAUAUAAACAAAUCAAAAUGAGCCAAUAAAGGAACCUCAAAACAAUUUGACUCCCUGGUAGAAAUAGCUUCCAAAUCUCUCACAUCUCACAUUCAUCUGUCUUUAAAAUAGAGACACACACAUGAAAGAAUAUAAUGUUUAAUAUACAAAUAGAUAAGGUGGCCACAGCUGGAACACCUUUAGAUUUUAAGUCUGCUAAAUCAAAGCUGACCCUGAUCUAAACAACAACAACAACAGCAACCAAUCAGAAAAAAUGUGCCAAUACUUAAUUCAGUGUUAGAGCAUCUCUGACUAUUAAAACAUAUGUCAGAUCAAAGGUCACGCAGAUAUCUGAAGUGGAGGAAGUUAACAGGACAUGGUUCUAAUAAUUUAUCAACACCAAGAAAGAUGAGCAACAACUACAACAACAACAACAACACGUUGCAACUACAAACAUCUGUUUCUUCCAUCUUAUCAUGGCACACACAAACACACACUCAGAUACACACAACUCUUACACACACACACAGUCACUAGUUGAAUUUUUCUUUUGUGAACUAAAUUCUGUAUUUAGCUGGCAAUUUAUUUUCACAUAUUCUCAACAUAGAAAGCUGCUGUGCAACUGCUAAAUUACCCAUAAUGCUCCUCAGACCGUCCACUUUUGCAAUCAACACCAAAACUCUUGUACAUAUCAAAUUAAGUGAGACCACUUUUGGUUCUAUGCUGCUAAACUUUGCAUUUUAAAAACUUUAUAUCUAAAAUAAAACCUUCAAUCAUCAUUUUAUGUCAGAAACUUUUAUGUUCCAAACACCAUCUUAUAUUUGUGGUUUGUUUAGUUCUGUCCAAACACCAUCUUAAUAUCCAUUUAUCUUUCAGGUAACAAGCUGGCAGAAUUGUUAGCACACCAGGAAAAAUGCUUAGUAGCAUCUCAUCUGUCUUUAUGUUCCAAGUUCAAAUUCUGUCAAGGUUGACUUUGCCUUUCAUCCUUUAAGGGUUGAUAACGUAAGUACCAGUUGGGUACUGGGGUCAACAUAAUCACCUUAUCCCCUCCCCUUUAGUAUUCAGGUUACUUUGUCAAUUUUAAUGCUUAUUUAUUCAUAUCAUUUUGAAUUAAUUAUGUAUUGUCUCAGAACUUUGAGAUUUUGAUGGUGUGUUUGUGGGGUAAGUAUAAGAGGCUGAAUGUUGCAAGUUUCAACAUAAAACAAUUGGAAUAUUUGAGCCAGAUAUGGUCAGUUGAAACACUAAAGAGUUCAACGUUGGUUUUAGUUCAAUAUAGUUUUCAGAAAUACACUUCCUUGUUU